AUGUCUCAAGAAGAUCCUCAAGUAGUUGAAGACGUAGAGUCUGGUGAGGUCAAGAAGGAUUCCGAAUAUACAUCUGAUGAUAAGAAGUCUGAAGAGUCAUCAACACAAUUAGACAACAAAGAUAGCGAAAAGAAGGAUGAUAACAUUGAAAAUAGAGUUACAUUUACUAUUGAAAUGUUCUUCUUCCUUAUCGGAACAAAUAUCUUGUACAGUUACAAUACAUUUCUUAAUGGCAAUGAUUUCUUUGUCAAAUUAUUCCCAGAAAGAGACAUUGGUAUGGAACUUUCACGAGUUUUAACUAUUUCCAGUGGUGUUUGCUAUCUUAUUACUCUUCCUUUCAUUGAACAAUUUACGUUAGUCUCUAGAAUGUAUGCUUCAACAAUUUUAAUGGCUGCUGUUCAAAUUAUAGUUUGGAUUUACGUUAAUGUUGGAACUCCAAAGUACCAAGUUGUUUAUACUCUUGCUGCUCUUACUUCUGUUGCACAAAGUGUUUUAUAUGGUACAUCAAUGGGUUUUGCAGGACUCUUCGGCUUAAAGACUUCUGCUAUGGCAAACACUGGUGUUGCACUUGGUGGCCUUAUUUCUUCCAUCCUCAGAAUGAUCUCAAAGACAUUCCCAAGAGGUGAUGGAUGGUUCUACUUUGCAUUUGCUGUUAUCUGCACAUCAUCAUCAGCUAUUUGCUUCCAUAUCUUCAACAAGACAGAAAUUUGCCAAGAAAGAGUAAAAUUAGCUCAAACAUCAUCCAACUUCUUAGUCAGAAUGAAGAGAAUUGGUGGUGUUUUCAAGAAGAUCUGGCCUUUCGUUCUUGAAGGCUUCUUUAACAUGGCAAUCACACUUACCUUCUUCCCUGGAUAUGCAUUCUAUGUUGGUGAUCAUCACAAUUUAGGCGAUUGGUACAUGACAAUCAUUCUCUUCAUGUUUAUGGUUGGUGAUUUCGUUGGAAGACUCAUUACAAGAUGGUUCUCAUGGCCAUCUGCCAAGUAUCUUUGGAUCCCUCAUCUCUGCAGACUUAUCUUCAUUGUUCUUUAUGUUUGCCCAGUUGAAGGUGUUUUCCUCCAGGAUGACAUUUUCAUUGACUUUGUAACACUUGCACUCUCAUUAACAGGUGGAUAUUGGGGUGGUCUUUGCAUUACAUACACUGCUACAAGUGAGAAACUCGAGAAGGAAGAAAUUGAUCUCGCUGUUUUCUGCACAGUUCUCGCUACAAACCUCGGCGUUUUUGCCGGAUCAUGGCUUACAUUUGCUGCACAGGCUGGUCACAAAUAA